AUGGUUGCAUUCAGAAACAUUGGCCUCGGCCUGUUUUUAGCACAGUCCGCUCAAUGUAUGGACCUCGACAGCAAAGAUGGCAUUGUAAAGGCGUCAAAGGCCCUUGCUUCCGACCUCAUCAAAUUCUACAAAGGCAAUGAGAGCGGCCAGAUUCCUGGGCUUUUGCCCGAAAGGGAAAUGGGAACUGAUGGUUACUACUGGUAUCAAUCCGGAGCUUUCAUGGGGGCCUACGUCGACUACUGGCAAUUGACAGGCGAUGACACCUACAACGAUCUUGUGGCAAAGGGAAUGCAAUGGCAAAGAGGACAAGAAAAUGACUUUAUGCCCGCCAACCAGAGCAGGGAAGUCGGGAACGACGACCAGUCUACUUGGGCAUUGGCUGCUCUCACAGCUGCUGAAUAUGGAUUCCCUACUCCCUCUGGAAACAGUUCAGACUGGCUCGAUUUGGCCACCGCCGUCUGGCAAGAGCAGCGUUCUCGAUGGGACACCGAAGUAAAGGAUGAUGUCUGCGAUGGUGGUCUCCGAUGGCAAAUAUUCCCAUUCAAUACUGGAUUCGACUACAAGUCAAUUCUUGCAAACACUCUUUUCUUCAACAUCGGGGCGCGUCUGGCUAGAAUAACAGGCAAUGACACAUACGCCGACUACGCGUCAAAGACCUGGGAGUGGCUCGAGGCCUCGGAGUUGAUCAACAACAAGACCUGGGCGGUUUACGACGGAGCUAAAACAACAGAGAACUGCUCUGAAAUUAACAAGAUCCAGUUCUCCGCAGGUCCCGCAUCGCUUGCUAUGGGCGCCGCUUUCAUGUACAACUUUACCGAUGGAUCGGACGCGUGGAAAAAGCGAACUCAGGAUAUCACCUCGGCGACUCUGAAGACCUUCUUCAAGGACGGAAAGUUCACGGAGAUUGCGUGUAGCAAAGGCACUUGUCCUCGAGACUUUAUCACACAAAAGGCGCAGGUCCACAGAUGGCUGGCUGUGACCACUCAGGUUGCUCCCUUCACGGCUGAUUCUGUGCUUCCUGCUCUUCUCAAAUCAGGCAAAUCACUAAAAGCUGAAGGUAACGGCGAUGACGCCCUGGAGCAGACACUGGCCAACUUUGCUGUUGUGUCGAACCUCUUGAUUGCCGACUCUGCUGCUCCUUCGACGGAGAAGGAGACAGCCGGUGACAAGUCGGAUAAGGCGAAGGAGAACCCUUCUUCUACUACCAUAUCCGGCACCAGCGCAUCCGCGACAGACGCUGCGGACAACGCGGCUCUCAAAGGGACCGGAUCUGGAAGCCUUAUGGUCAUCUUCGUGCUUUUCCUGUCAUCGCAGUGGCUUCUGUAG